GUAGACUGUAGGGAGGCAGCUGCGCCGGGCACGAUUGGCACAGGUAUACAGAUGGUGAUGUACCCCGGUAUACGGGCUGUGGGCAUAGCGUCUGCGAUGGCGGCCUGCUUUCUAAGAAUUUGUCACAAAGACGAUGGAUCGACUAGAAAAUGACCUUUUUGACAUGCCGGAUUAUGAACACACAGAAGAUGAAAGUUUCCCUCCUUUACCACCACCACGUUCUCCUGGUGCAGCGGAUGAUGACAAUGAAGACUUAGCUAAUGGAGAUGACUGGACUAGGAACAUGGGAGAAACACAAUCAGAGGAAGCGCCAAAGCCUGCCAGAAGAGUCGUAAAGAGACCGCAGCCAAAACUAGAUGCUCAGCGGCUCACUUCACAGCGGGGCUUGCCUGCUUUAAGGAAUCUGUUUGAUGGCACAAAAUUCAAAGGAAAGGGACAUGAGGCAGACGAUUUGAAGGUUCUCAUGAGGCAGAUGGAGAAUUGGGCGCACAGACUGUUUCCAAAAUUGCAAUUUGAGGACUUUCUUAGUCGCCUGGAAACACUAGGGAAUAAGAAGGAGGUACAGACUUGCUUAAAAAGAAUCCGCAUGGAUCUGCCUAUUGUGCAUGAAGACUUCAUGAGUGAAGACGUUAUUAUACAGAAGGAGGAGGAUGUCCCGGACUUUGCUUCUGAAGAAUUUUCUGCACUCACAGAGUCGUCUCCUCCAUCUGUUUCUCAAUCUAGUGUAGUUGAACUAAGUGAGGAGACGCUUCAGAGGAUAGAAAGGAACAGGCGCUUGGCUAUGGAGAAGAGAAUGCUAAAAAUGCAGGUCCAAACAGACAGUCAAGCUCUUACUGCUCCUGCAGCUCUAUCUCAGUCCAGCGCAACAGAUCCAGAUGAUAUUCUGGAGGAUUUUGAUGCAGAUUUGUUGGAGGAAGUAGAUAAAGCCGUUGAGAUCUGCUCCCAGAAACAAGAGCCCUCAAGUAGCGCUGUCAUUGAAGAAGGUUCUGCUGCACAGAAUGAGCUCUUUAUUGAAAAACUUGAAGACUCAGAGGAGACUGGAGAUUAAUUGCUACCUGUAUGUGUAGAUAUAGUUUUCUAUUAAAAUAUUUUAUUUCAGGUUUGCAUUAAAGUUUUGUAUGUU